AUGGAUAUUGUUACGAAUAAAGUUUUAGAAUUUGUUCAUCUCACAAGCACUAACUCGUCUCACAAUUGCUCCAUCACUUUGCACUUGAAAUGGUUAAAACCUUCCACUAGUCGGAUUAAACUAAAUGUUGAUGGAUCCUUCCAUAAAGCUACGUCCAAAGAAGGUAUAGGUGGCGUAAUUCAAAAUUCCAAUGGAGAUUGGCAGUUGGGUUUUACAGGUUGUUUCCCAGCAAAUCACCCAGCAGCAGCUGAAUUACAGGCACUCAAAUCGGGACUUGAACUAACUUUACUUCAUAAGCUUUAUCCUAUUGAGAUUGACAUCGACUCUACUGAUGUUAUUGACCUCCACAACUCAUCUCCCUUAGCUAAUGAAAAUAUUACAUUGUGCAGGUUAUUGUUAAAGAAGCUGGGGAAUCCAGUACUCCGCCACACUUUUCGCUAG